CGAUAAUAACCUCGUCGGUUGUCUUCUCCAUCGAAAGGUCUUGGUACAAAAUUUAUUUCAGGUCAGGUGUACCCAAAUUUGACAUUAGUUUGAUACUAAUUUAGGUUAUUUUUUCUCCUUUAAAAUAUUUUUAUAUAUUAUCUCUGUUUCUCCGGGAAAACAGGGAAGAACUAAAGGAAGAGAAGCCGUUAUGCUCUGCCUCUCUAAUUCACUUAAGCUUUUUGAUCAUCUCUCCUCUUCUUCUCCAUUUCCUCUUUCUUGCGUCCUAGGAAACUUAGGAAACACGGUAGAGAUGAAGAUACGUUACGUUCAUUUAAACCUUCUUCUCCUUCUAUUACCUAUAAUCAACCUUCUUCUGUUUCCGACACCAUCUCUUGCUCAAGACUACGGCGAAGAUGCUGAGAAGAAAGACACUCCUCCACCAGGUCUCGCCCGUUGCAACGGAGUUUACAUGUCUUACAUCUCCGGCGGCCGCGAAAAGCUAUAUCCACGAACCAAAAACGUAACGGCACAAGCCUGGUCGUUCAAGGCAACGGCCAUGAUCGUCAACACGGGCACUGAAGAGGUCAAAGGUUGGGAGAUGUUUGUAGGGUAUCGCCAUAGAGAGAUCAUUGUCUCCGCGACAGGAGCUGUCUCAUCGGAUGGUGACUUUCCUUACGAUGCAAGUAAUGGGACAACGUUCAUUGGUUCUCCUAAUACGGAUUUAAAGACUUCGAUCGAAACAGCUGGAGAUUACACUCAGAUCUCAACUAAUAUCGAGAUCACCGGAACGCUUUUCGGUGGUAGAGGCACGGCGACGCCAUUGCCGAGAACGAUCAAGCUUGUAAAUGAUGGAUGGGAAUGCCCUGCUGCUAAUUCUAAAGGUGGUACAAUGCAAGUUUGUUGCAAGAGGAACCCAAAGUUUAAACCAAAAGAAAAGAAGAAAACCAAGUUCAUGCGUAGGCGACACGGCGACCUGAAUAUAAUCUAUGAUGUUCUUCAAGCCUACACUAGCAACUACAUGGCGCAGGUAACUAUAGACAACGAUAGUCCGUUGGGAAGGUUAGACCACUGGAACUUGACAUGGGAGUGGAUGCGAGGAGAGUUCAUACACUCGUUGCGUGGAGCCUACUCAGCUGAGAAAAACCCUUCAGAAUGCUUGCACAGCAAGGCAGGACAGUUCUAUGGGGAUCUUGAUUUCUCUCAGGUGGCUACUUGUCAGAAGAAACCGAUCAUCAAAGACUUACCAGCUGAGCGUAAAGACGAUAAACUCCUCGGGAAGUUGCCUUUCUGCUGCAAGAAUGGAACUCUCUUGCCAGCUCAUAUGGAUUCCUCUAAGUCUAGAGCCAUCUUCCAGCUACAGGUAUACAAGGUGCCACCAGAUCAGAACAGAACAGCAUUCUUUCCUCCUCAGCAUUGGAAGAUCGACGGUAUAGUCAAUCCUCAGUACAAGUGCGGAACACCUAUAAGAGUCGACGCGACGGGGUUCCCUGACCCGAGUGGUCUCCAAGCAACCACCUACGCAAUCGCUAGCUGGCAAGUCGUCUGCAACAUAACUAAACCUAAACCAAAAUCUGCUCGUUGUUGCGUCUCUUACUCAGCCUUCUACAACGACUCAGCCAUCCCUUGCAACACAUGUGCUUGUGGCUGCGGAGAUAUCGACACAGACACUUGCAACGCCAAUGCAAGACCUCUUCUCCUCCCUCCAGACUCGCUCUUGGUACCGUUUGAAAACAGGACGUUAAAGGCAAAAGUGUGGGCAAGGAGGAAACACAUGGCUGUUCCUAAGAAGCUUCCUUGUCCUGACAACUGCGGAAUCAGCUUAAACUGGCAUGUUAACUCGGACUACGCUGAUGGAUGGUCGGCGAGGGUAACGUUGUUUAACUGGGGAGCUAAUGCAGUGGAGGACUGGUUUGCUGCUGUGGAUUUGGGUAAAACUGGUUUAGGGUAUGAGAAUGUUUACUCGUUUAAUGGGACGAGAGUUCCACCUAAGAACCAGACCAUUUUCUUUCAAGGAGUUCGUGGUAUGAACUUCUUGAUUGGUCUCACAAAUGGGUCGAACCCUGCUAGAGACCCGCAGGUUCCAGGGAAAAUGCAGUCGGUUAUAUCGUUUAAAAAGCAUUUGGGGAGUUUGAAUAUUCCAAGAGGUGAUGGAUUCCCUAAGAGAGUUUUCUUUAAUGGAGAAGAAUGUGAGCUUCCUAAGUAUUUCCCGAAAAAGAGUCAUGGGGAGAGGUUAUCAUGUAUCAGAUUCUUGCCAUCGAUUCUCCUCGUGAUCACAACGUUUCUUGUGAUUAUUAAUGAUCGGUUUUAAGAAGUGUUUAGGUUUGUAUUAGUCAAGUAUGUAAGUUGCUUUCUGUUUAGCCAUGGCCAAGGAACUUGAAGAGAACGUUUAUGUAUCGUUUUCAAAGAUUUGUUUCAUCCAAGAAACUUGUAUUCAUUUAUCAAAAGUAACUGAUGCAAAUUUAUUCUCGCUAAUAUACUCUUGCUCUUUAAAAUAAUUGUGGUUUUGGUCUUGAAGAUCAUGAGAAAACAAGAAAUGUAUGGUGUUUGUGUAAUUUAAGGUUUCAAGAUUCUUCUAGAUUACUUUCCACCGGAGAAUCAUGAGUGUCACCAAUGAUAUUUCUUAGUCUGUAGUAAAAGAGAAGACAACAUAAAAGACUUUCAGGUAAGCUUUCCUACUAUUUGUCUGACAGAGAGACAGACACAAGCCUAAAUAGAUGAAAGAUACUUAGAUACAACAUUACUUCCUAUGAAUUAUAAUGGUUCCAGAACAUGAUUUCUUAGCAUCCAAAUUUCUGUAACAUCCUGAUUUUUAGUAUAUUGUAGUUUAUGCGGAAAAGCUUAAAAUUUUGAUUUAGUUAUAAAUAUCACCAAAAUACGGGUGAUGGGUGAGGUUAAGGUGAGUAUUGCUUAUCCAAGAAGCUAUAGAAUUAAAUGUGAUUGAAUUAAAUUAAAAAAAGUUAAUAAAUUAUCGACAACUUGAUUGGCAAUACCGUGCGAAUGAUCUAACAAAAACCCACAAAGAAAAGAGAAAGAUCACAAGAUGAUUAGAUGAUACAUACAACAAGUCUUUUGAGUCUAUUAAAAAUAAUGCACAUGUUUUUAUAUU